CUCCUCCUCCUUCCAUCGCCGAGCAGCCAUGGCCACCGAGAGCCCCCUGGAAACUCUGCAGCGGGAGAUCACCUGCUCCAUCUGCCUGGGCUACUUCAAGGAGCCCGUGUCCAUCGAGUGCGGCCACAACUUCUGCCAGGCGUGCAUCGCGCAGUGCUGGGGCAAGGCGGACGCCGAGACCACCACGUGCCCGCAGUGCCGCCGCUGGUCGCGCAAGAGGAGCUUCAGGCCCAACCGGGAGCUGGGCAACGUCGUGGAAGUGGCGAAGCGGCUCCGGCUGGACGCGGCCGCCACGCUGGCCGGCCAGCGGCUGUGCGAGAAGCACCAGGAGCCCCUCAAGCUCUUCUGCGAGGAGGACGAGACGCCCGUCUGCGUCAUCUGCAGGGAGUCCCGGGCGCACAAAGCGCACCCCAUGCUCCCCAUCGAGGAGGCGGCGCAGGACUACAAGAAACAAGUUGCCACCCAUGUGAAAGCUCUGACAGAACGGAGGGAGAAGCUGAAGGAAUUAAAAGAAGAUCUGGAGUGCAGAAGGCAGGCUGAUCAGGAUGAUGUACAAAGUGAGAAGCAGAAGGUGGAGUCUGAAUUUAAUCAGAUCCACGAGUUCAUGGAAAAAAUUGAGCGCUUCCUGGUUAUCAUGCUGAAGAAGUUUGACAAGGAGAUUGCGCAUAGGAGAGACGUAGAAUCCAGCAGGUUCUCAGGGGAGAUUGAUCGCCUCGAUGCCUUGAUCAGCGAAGUUGAGGACAAGUGCCAACAGCCUGCCAGUGAAUUCCUGCAGGACAUCAGGAACAUUUUGAGCAGAUGUAAAGAUGGACAGAUUUCACAGAUGGUGGAAGUUACUUCCUCUCCAUCUGAGCUGGAAAAGAAACUUGGGCAUUUCAGUCUGAAAAAUAUUGUUAUCAAGGAGGCACUGGAGAAAUGUCGAGAUACAAUGGUAAAUGAAUUGGCAAAAGCAAGGACAAUGGAAGCAUCAGCUAAAAAGAUAAGCGUUACUCUCGACCCCAACACAGCUCAUCCCCUCCUUGUGGUGAGCGAAGACAGGAAAAGUGUGAAACGUGGAGAAAUGGUUCAGCCACUGCCCAACAACCCUGAGAGAUUUGACUCCACUCUGAUUCUCCUGGGUAGUGAGAGUUUCGCCUCAGGGGUACAUUAUUGGGAGGUGGAGGUUGGUAAUGGGCAAAACUGGGCCCUUGGCGUGGUCAAAGAGUCUGUGACGAGGAAGGGACCUAUUGUCACUUGCCCCAAUGAAGGCAUCUGGGCGUUGGGGCUCUGUGGGAAUGAGUACAAGGCUUUCACUUCAUCCGAGACUUGUCUGACCCUAGAUGAAGCCCCGGAGAAAAUCCAGGUAUUUGUGCAUUAUGAAAGGGGUUGGGUGGCAUUUUUUGGCGCCCGUUAUAUGUCCCUCCUUUUUAUUUUCCAGUCAGCUAAUUUCUGUGGGGAGAGAAUUUGUCCUUUCUUUAAAUUGUGGGGCCUAACUACAGAGCUUAGAAUGUGUCCCUGCUCCUCGCGGCUCAGCCAAUCGGGUCGCGCGCCCGCCGGAAGGGAGGCACGCGCGUCGUCGGCGUCCUCGCGGGCGGGCAGGCAGGCAGGCAGGCUGGAGCUCGGUUGGGCUGGCGUCAUGAGCGGCGGCGUUGGCGGCGGCGGGAUGUCGGCGGAGCAGCAGCUCCAGCAGCGGCUCCUCCGCAGCCGCCUGAGGGGCUCUCAGCACCCGGGCCUGGCGGUGGGCGGCCCGCUCCCGCCGCCGCUGUUGCCUCCGCUGCCGCCGCCGCCUUCCGUCCUGUCUCCGCCGUCGCCGCCGGACUCCCCUCCGCCCGGCACGACCCCGGCCGAGAUCCCCGCGGGCCCGCGCUGCCCUAGCGAGACGUGGUGCUCGCUGUGCCGCGUCUACUGCCCGGACCCGGUGUGCCUCCCGUGCGGCCACAACUUCUGCACGGCCUGCAUCGGGCAGCGCCUCGGGGAACCCAAGAUCAACAUCUCCUGCCUGGAGUGCGGCGCCACAGCCCGCAAGAGGAACCUGAGGCCCAUCAAGCCGCCGCCGCUCCUGGCCAGCCUGGUGGUGGACAGGCCCAAGAGGCAGAGGCUCGACUCAGGGCCCGGUGGGGCAGUCGCGCUGCCGGUGGCUGCGCCCGUGGUGGUAGCGCCGCCACCGCCGCUGCCUCAGCAGCAGCAGCAGCAGCAGCAGCCGAUGACAGUAGCUCCUGCAGUGUCUCCGGCGCCGGUAUCCGCACCGGCACCACCACCGGCAGCGGCAGCAGCAGCGCCUCCGCCGCUGCUGUCGCUGACUCCGCCCACCCCGCCGUCGCCCGUAGCUCCAGCGCCAGCGGCUGCAGCAUCAGCAGUAGACUUGGCGACAUCACCCCCGCUGCCGAGAAGGUUGUCCGCAGGAGGAUCCGGAGAGGGCGCCGGAGGGAAGCUGUGCGAGAAGCACCGGGACGUGUUGCAGUUCUUCUGCGAGGAGGACCAGGCGCCCAUCUGCGCGCACUGCGAUCGGUCCCAGGAGCACCGGGCGCACGCCGUCUUCCACGUCGAGAGGGCAGCCCGAGACUACAGGGAGAGGGUUCUGGCACAACUAGAGAUCCUGAAGCAGGAGAAGAACACGCUAUGGAGCCAGAAGCUGACCGGAGAGAGGAAAAUUCAGGAUUACAUGGAAACAGUCCAAGCAGAGAGAAAGGAGAUCAUAUCUGAAUUUGAGCGCCUCCACCAGUUUCUCAAAGAUGAAGAACAGCACCUGCUCGCCCAGCUAGAAGAGCUCGAUAAAGAGAUAGAGAAGCGGAAGGACGAAAUGGUUACCAAACUCUCGGAAGAGCUUUCCCGUCUCGGUGAUGUGAUCGCCGAGAUGGAGGUGAAAUGUAAGCAACCGGCAAGUGAAUUUUUGCAGAUGUACUUCCAGGUCCUUCAGCCUGACCUGAAGGCUGUUGAGAAGCUGGCCUGGAUGACCCCAUUCCUUCAGGUUCAUGUCGGGACACAUCGGGUAUGGCUGCCAUGCAGACCUCUAGACAUUAAAAAAACAAUGAGCAGAUGUGCAGCAGGGCAUUUCCAGCCAUCCGAAGAAGCUUCUCCUAAGCUCGAAGAGAGGCUGGAUAACUUCUCACGGAAAGGGAUGCUUUUGAAGGAAACACUAAAUAGAUUCCAAGAUAAUGUGACAUCUGUCGUGGAGAAAGGAGAGACUGUGAAAACACUGAAUGAUAAAGCAGAUGCGGCGCUCUAUCCGGAUGUACCAAGUGCUUUUCUACCACUGGACCGAAGGAACGCAGGAUGCGAAGAACUCCAGGAGAGGCUUCCCGCCUUAGACUAUGUCCCCGACGCACCCAAAAGAUUGGAUUCCAGAGCUUUGGUUCUGGGCUGUGAUGGGUUUACCUCUGGGAGAUACUUCUGGGAGUUGGAAGUGGGUGAUGGGGAAUUCUGGGCAGUCGGGGUCACCCGAGACCCUUCAAAGAAGAAGGGCAUGAUGGGGUUCAGCCCAGAGGAGGGGAUCUGGGCUGUGGGGUUGUGGAAGGGCCAACACUGGGCUCUCACGUCUCCUGUGACUGCCCUGUCCUUGAGCAAGCCCCCAAGGAGGAUCCGAGUGUCCCUGGACUACAUGGGGGAGUGUGUGACCUUUACGGAUGCAGACACCGACGACCCCAUAUUCACUUUCCCACCGGCCUCUUUUAAUGGGGCGCGUACCCAUCCCUUGCUGUGGGUGGUGGGGUUCCCCGCUCAUUCUGUAUUUCUGAGGCACAUGGGAGUGAAAUAUCCAGCCGGGGUCCACGAGAUGGAUAUCCUGAGUCCAUGAUUUUAUCCUCUUUCCAUGGACCCGGUGUAAGGGGGGGGAGGGGAAGAUGUCUAACUGGCCAAAGCAGAGAACCAAGCUCUUUGGGAGCAAGAAAGUUUGUGUGUUUUACCUCUGUGUGAUCUUUGGAGAAUAGGAGGAGGUGGCAGAACUGUUCUCCUUGCACCAAGGCCUUAUGAUGUUGCUCUGUGGAAUAGCACAAGGACUGUGAAUGAAGAAGACUGUAGGCCUUGAAAAAUAGUAUCGCUAUUAGGACAUCCUUCAUUAUACAAAGGAUUGUCAAGACUCCUCUUCCUAGUGGUAGGUUCGAGCUUGUUCAGUUUGUGCGGGGGGGAACUUUCAGAUAUUAAAAAUGGAAAUUUUAACUGCAUUUUCAACUGGUUCAUAUUUAACACAUUUUUAUUUAUUUAUUUUCUUUCAAAAGCAACUGCAUUUUAGCUUUAAUACUUAACAGCUGAUUUAUAUUCCAUUGAAAGGAUUUGCUCAAAAUGGAACACUUCAGCCAGAACAUUUUUGCUUCCUCUGCGGGUGACCCUAGCACAGAGGUGAUGAUCCUGAAUUGGGCACCCUCAGAUGUGGCAGAUCUGUUUGUGGAUAGCUUUUAAUCCAUUCUCUAGGGCAGAUCGAUCUCUUUCCUCCCACUGGUUCAUUCUGAAGCCCAAUUUCACUCCUGCAUUACUCAGUUGGUACAAAUCCUCCACACAAUAAUGCUAAACGGGGUGUUCCAGUUUUCCUGAAGGUGACAAAUACAUAGCGUCUAAACAUUGUGCAAAGAAUCUUAGGACAAGAGUUGAGGUGGCUACAUUAAAAAAACAAAACCAAACAUAGUGUUCUUCAAAGCAUUUCACACUGUCUGCUUUUCGAAUGUCUCUCUUCUCUGAAUAGGUGUUUCCCUUUGUGAACAUGGCACUUAUUGGACAAAGCAUGAUUUUAGAGUGAAUGGGAUCCAGUGCCAUACUUUUUUUGUAUAUCACAGGAAAAAAUAAGCCUGUUUUAAUAAAGUUGCCUUCCCAAGUAA